AACAAACUGAGCUUUGAUAUGACACUGACAGACCAGGUUGCUUAGAUUUCCAGCCGUGGUGAAUGAGUAAAAAUGGAAUAGAUACAGAUGUGCAAGAUGUUUUGUAAGAAGGUGCUGUGGCUGGGGGAACUGUCUGGAUGCUUGUUUUUAUAAGUUUGUUUUUCAUUUUUAGAUAUGAAUCGUCAGAGACUGGUUUCUAAUUUUACACCUGCUUUGCAAGAAUGGCUAGAAGAGGAACUUGAAAAUCGUGGUAUUGAUAGUGUUUAUGCGCGAUCCAUCUUAAGCCUGCUUCAGCAAGAUUAUGUAGAUGUGGAACCACAUGAAUGUCAAGACACAAGAAAUCGCCAGCAGAGAGUUUUUAAUAAGUACGGAGGACCAGAAAAUUUAUGUCAUCCUACAAAAUCUAAACAUCAAAAGUGGAAAACUUGGGGUAAAAACAUUUUAAUAUCUACAUCUACAUGUUGUAAAGCAACAUAUUAUGAUCUGGAAAGAAUAUUGAAAAAGACUGCUGUUGAUUGUUUAAAAUCUGCAUCUGAUUAUGUUGAUGAUAUUGAAGAACUUAUUGAUGAAGUGUGGAAAAAAUUAAAAAGCAAAAACCUGAAAGGAGAACAAGAAGAUAUAGCUUUGAGAAAUCGUAAUCCAUUGGGACAUUCUUUCUUUAUUCCGCCAUCUCCAACUGAUGAAAUUGAAAAGUACUUUGCAGCAUUUCCACCUUUGAGUAGCAAAACUGAAUGUGCUGUAGAAGUUGCUCAACAUAAAAUGUUAAAAAAUGCCUGGUGUAAAAAGUGUAAUUUGAAAAGGAAAUCUAAUGUUCCAAAUGAAAUGGCACAUAAUGCUGGAAAUCAAAAUUUUCACUCUAUUAAGAACAUACAACCUAUCAUUCCUUAUAGAUCUUUAAAGACCAUUAAAAAUAUUUUUAAAAAUUCCGGUUUUAUAUGUCCCUGGAAAGUAUCUUGCGCACAAUAUCAUACAGUAUCUAAAAGGUGUGGCACUCAUAGAGCUAAAAAUUUCAUAAUCACGCCCGUGGUUAGAGAUCCAUUAUUGCCAUUUAUUAAUUUGUCUUCUGUGAACAUCUGCAAAAUAUCCUUAAAUAAAAUGGAUUUGUUGAAUCUUUUGAAAGGUGCUGAAGGUCAGAAUCUUUUACAUUUUUUAAAUGAACUAAAUAUUUCCCAAGCAACUUUAGUUGUAAAAUCCUCUGUUACAAAAUUAAAUGAACUCUCUCUCCAUAUGUUGCAAGAAUCGUCCGAUUCAAUUCCUUUUCACGAAACAAUUAAUUCAGAAAAUAAUCUGGAAGGAUAUGCAACAGCCCUUGUUAAUUCUUCUCAAGCAGUUUCUGAGGAAAAUUCUCUGAAUGAUACAGAAAGUUUGUCUGAUUGUUAUGGCAUAGAUGUUCAUUUUAGAAUGCCUGCUUUAGCUGAUCAUCUUGAUAAUCAAAGUCCGUGUCUUGAACCGAGUGAUGGUAGUUCUUCAUUUCUUCAAAACAACGGUUAUGUUGAUGCAUUGAAGUAUUACUUCUCUAAAAAGGCCAAUUUGUGUGAUGUCAACAAUUCUGAGCUUUGUACAGAAACUGAUGCUGCAUCCAGUUGUUUAGAAACUAAAAUUCCUAUUGUUCAAAAAGAGAAUGCAUUUAUUCAUCACAAAUUAAAUAGUUAUUUUGCUGAUGAAGGUGAAAGGCCUUGCCUUAAUUCUAAUAGAGCCUUGGAUAUGGAGAGACAUCAUUACUACCAGAAUGAAAGCUUCACCAUUAGCCAAUCCUUUAACCCUUUGGAUACUCUUGAAACAUCUCAUGUUGAGACCAGCCUUCUCUUUCCUGAUGUGAAGUCAGACAAACAUGUAGAAAGUAUUACGUCCAGUAACAUUGAAAGUUGCUCUAGUGACGAUGAAAUAUAUUAUUCCGAUGAAGAAACGAACGAAAUUUUUCUGUCUGGAAACUAUGAAAAAUUCAAUUUUUCUAGAAGUCCUUUGGAAGAGACGGAGCAAAGCUGUUUAUCGAGCGAAUUCUCUGAAAACACUUCUGCUAAUUCGGAAAUGAAGCGUUCAGAAAUGUCUGACAUUAAUCAGUGCAAUCUUAUUUGUAGGCUUGAUUCCGAAGAAAAGGCUAUCAUACAUAGGAAUGAAUUUAAAUAUGAACAUGAAAUAGAACAGAAAUUGCUGAAAGUUUCAAACAAUGAAAAUGAUAAUAUAAAUUUUAUAAAUGUCAGAAGACCACAUAAUGAAUUGCCUUUCAUAUCGUAUCAUCAUUUAGAAUCUACCGAUGAAAACUAUGUUUCUGAGCAGAAGGAAAAUUAUCAGCAUUUCCCAAAGUUUUUAAAUGAAAGUAAGUCGGGAUUGCUUAUUAAACCUUAUAGCCUCGCUGAACAUAAUACCUCUGUUAAAGUUACUUCAAGUGUGGCAGAGUGUACUGAAAAAGCUGAGGAGACAAGCAGUGAAAUUUAUGAUAAAAAAUGGCUUUUUUACUGGGGCGAUAACCAUAAUUUUAUUGCUCGUACAUGGCAAAAGGAUUUUGUUCCUGUUGAGAAAAAGGAAAAUCAUGAACAAUAUUUUUAUGAUGCUAAAGUUAGUACAGCCCUCUGUAAAGAAAUCAAGGAGGAGGAAGAUGAGUUAUUGAAAGGCCUAUGUUCUGUACCUGCUAUUAGCAAUUCUAUAUUUGGUAAUGAGUUAUGUAAACCUAUGCAAAAUGAUUUACAUUCCAGUUACUUGACUUCGCAGAUUGAAAGUUUUGCUAAUUGCUUCGAAGAAAACACUUCAUUAUAUGUUCAAGCUCCUGAAAGUCAGAGAAUGGUUGUCAAUCAAAUUGAAAACUAUGUUCCGAUGAUGAAUAACAAUUUUACUUUUGAUAACUUUGGUAAUAAAGUACCUCAUAUGCAGCAUACAAGUGAUCAUUCUAUUUCUUUUGAGAACAAUCCUUUUAAGGCAGCUAAUUUUUCUGGUUUAAGUGCCUUUUCAAAUGCAAGUGGUGGUAAUAAUUCAUAUAAAGAUUAUUAUAUGGAAGGCGGAGGAUGGAGUCUUGCAUCUGAUAGUUUUACAGAUUAUAACUGUGAUAACCCUUAUGAAAGAUCUUGUUCUUUGAGUGAACUGGAGUUGGAAAAGCCAAAUAAUGACUGUGUGGAGUAUUUAUACCAGAAGAGGCAACGUUGUACUUCAGAAACAGUUGAUGUGCAAAUGGCAAGUUGUAACGAAGCUUCAAAUCUGUACAAAAACGUGAAACAAAAACUUAUACCUCGGAAACGGCCAUGUUGUUUCUUUUUACAAGGGACUUGUACACGCAGCGAUUGUAGAUUUUCUCAUGACCUCUCAACUACAACUUGUCGCUUCUGGAGGGAUGGAUCAUGCUUCAAAGGGGAGACAUGCCCUUUUCUCCAUGGCUAUGUAAAAGAGAAUGAUACAGGGUGCUUCAGAGAUAACACUGGCUUGAGAGCUCGCUGUCCUGAACUCAGUUUUUCUUUGGAAUCGGAGACUGAUUUUCCUUCUCUUUCGUCAGUCAAAACAGAAGGGCCAAAGGCAAAAACUGAAGCCAUUAACAUAACACAAGUGAAAGACUUUCAAAGGAAACAGAGGGAAAAGUAAUUCAACUUUGUUUUCCGAAUGUGUAAUUCUUUUAACUGUUGCACAAACUCAGCAUAAAAAUGUCAUUACUAUUUACUUUGUUCAAAUUUUUAAAAAAGAAAAAGAAAAUGUUUGUUCUUUAUGUAUUUGAGAUGGGAAAAUUCUAAAGUCAUCAGCUCUCACUGUAUUAUUAUUUAUGCAAGAAGUGUCUUUGUGUGUCUUGUUCAUGUGUCUUAGCGAUCUUUGAAUGUGUAUUCAAUUUGACCUAUUGUUUUCCAAAGUGUAAAGCAGUACAAAAUGCCAACAUUUUAUGCUCAAGUGUGUUGUCUGAUAAAUGUUUGAAGAUAGUUAACAAACAUAUCCUCUGUAAAUGCUUUAUACUUUUUUUUUUGUAGUAACACAUCUUUUUGCAAGCUAUAUUUCUCCCUCCCUUUUUCAUAUAUCAUGAUAUCUGUUGUAUAUUUUAAAAUACAUUAAAAGUAUGCUUUCUUUCCCAUUCUGCUUCUUUAAUAUUCAAAAAUAUUUUCAAAUUUGAAAAAAAAAUUAACAGCUGUAUAGUCUUUUCAAAGUUUGGCUUUAAUUUGAUUUUGCACUUUAGGGAUUUCCAGGAAAAGUACACUAAAUUAUAAUUUAUUUUUUUUCUAUAAAACUUGAUUUCAUCUAUUAGGAACUUGCAUUGUGGUGUUCUUUCGAACAAGAAAUUGGCAAUAAUACUUUAAGUGUUUUCAACUCGUAUUUUUUUUUAAAAAAAAUAGCUAUUUUUAAAAUAAAAUGCAGUUUUUUUAUGCAGUAGCAUUAUUUAUUUUUGGGUUGGUUUUUUUUUUUCCCAUUAUUUCUUUAUAUAUUUUAAAGAUAUACUGUCAUUUAUUUAUAUUCAGAUAUAAAAUCCCCCACCCUCCCUGUUUGAUUAGUUUUGAUAUUUAGAAAUUCCCUCAGCUAAAGAAAAAAUAUUGAACCCCAGAUAGUUUUAAAAAAUUUUCCGGCAAUUGUUUUAAUUUGAUAGUUUUAAAGAAUACUUUCUUGUGUAAUAACUUACGUUUGAAUACUCUAUGUAGUGGAAUUGAAGUUACAUAAAUAGCAUUUAAAAGGAAAGAAAUUCUAUGUUUGUGAUGUAUCCGAAGUAUUAGGAGUGAAUGACUCCUUUUAUCAAAUAAUUUUUUAAUGUCAUUUUUCAAUAUUAUAUGCCCAUAGAAUGGAUUAGGAGAAAAUAUUUCCAUGUGUUUUGAUAACUUGUUAGUGUUUAACUUAACCCUUUAUCUGUGUCAAAUGAAUGUCCAAGAAAGCAUGCUAAAAGGCUAGAGGCCUUUCCUUAAGAAUUGUUAAACCUGCACUGUACGAAAUACUCUUUCUUUGGAUAGUUGUAUGGUCUCUCUUCUAAAAUAAUGGAUGUCUCAGAUGAAGUAUUUAUUUAUUUAAUGUUUUUAUUGUAGUGAUAGUUUUAGUCCAUUUUUCUCUGAUUAUAUGACUUUAUUUGUUUCUUCAAAUAGUAAUAUAAAUAUGUAAGCAACAAUUCUUUUGAUCAUUUUCUCACAAAAGGCAACGAUUGCUUAUGAGAGAAUCGUAAAAAUUGUUAAUUAGAAACUUAUUUAAACCAUUAUUGUUUUGCAAAUAUGCAGUACAAUAAUGGUAUGUCUUGUGAGUCAACAAUAAAAAAAAAAAGAGGUUGAAAUAUGUUCAUGCUAAUUUGUAAUUUUGUGAUAAGAUUUAUGUGCAUAGCUGUGUACAUAAAAAAGUAAUUAAAGAACUCAUUGCGGAUGUUAAUUUGAUGUUCAGGUUGGUUAUGUUCAACUUAUAGAAAUCCAUAUAUGAAACACUUGAGCAUUAAUUAAUAUGGCCAUACAAUAUUAGAUUUAGUUAUGUCAUUUAAUUCCAUUUAGUUAUUUUAAGUGGUUCGUUCCGCAUUCCAGUUUCAGAUUGUAUUGAAUUAUCAAUGAAAAUUCUUCCUUUACUCAUUUAUUAUGUUAAACUCUUUUAUGUUCUCUCUUUAUUAUGUUAAAUUCGUUUUAUUUGGAUUUAUUUCUUUGCAAAUACUCUAUAAUUUCUAGUCAAUAAAAGUUUUUUUUAUCUAUUUAUUUUAAAACAUCAGUAUAAAGAAACUUACUUUAACUGUUUCAACUAAGUAAUGAAUUUAUAUAGUGAAUAAACUCACAUUUGAUUGAAAAAUUCUUAGCAUUCAAAACUCAGUAUAGUGAAUGAAUUAAUUUCAGUUCUAUAAUAUAUUUAUAAUAUAUAUUUUCAUUGCAUUUGGCUUUGAGAAAGUAAUUGUUAUGAAAUAGAACCAAGUUUUAAU